GUCGUACGUAGCUCCCUAUUCAUAUCCAUGCGCCGUGCGCUCUCCGUCCUGCUUCCGAAGCACGUGAAUAACACGAGAUUUUGACCAACGCGGGAAAAAAAGACAUACACAUGGAUGCUAUAGAUGCCAAAUGGGCAUUGUAAACCGGAGGGUUGGCCGAAUUACGAUCAGCCGUUGGGAGGCCGAGAAGCAGUUGUGGAUACCGCAAUUCCUCGUGACCUUGUGAAAGUCCUUGGUGUUGAGUCUCAGAUUCGCUCCGAAGCCGAGGCUUUCACCCGAGCAUUCCUGCAUAACAACACUGAGGCACACCCACGACACGAUCCCAAAAGUCUGCUGAGUCAUAAGGCGGUGAUCCUGGAGUACCCCAGGACGAAGAAAAAGGCGCUCAACAAAAAGAGAGCCAAAGGAAUAAAUGCUCAGCAGAAGCGGCAGCUGAAGAUUUUCCAUCUAAAGAGUGAACACCAGAGAUAUGAGCUUUUUUUACCUCUGCAUGAGCUCUGGAAACAAUAUAUACUUGACCUUUGCAAUGGAUUCAAGCCCACAAGCAGUCCACAGUCUGUGCAGCAGAAACUAUUGAAGGCCGACUUCCACGGGGCCAUCAUCACAGGAGGUUGUUCCAGUGGUCCCCCCCCACCAGAUUCCGGAACAGCAAACACGGGGACGAGAGGAGAAGAUCCCCACAGCAUGCAAACCGAUCUAAAAUGUGUGGAAAGAAAAAGAAAUCAAUAGAAUAAUAAUAAACCAACGACAACAAAGAAGAUAGAAUUCCAUUGUUUACUUUCACACUUCACAUGUCAGAUGGAAUCCUUUACCCUAACUCAGGCAAAGGACUCGAGAGUCGAGAUUUAGCACGUUGACCAGCUAUCUACGUAUAUGUGUCAUUGAGUUUUUUUCGUUCUGCUGAUAUUUUUCUAACGCAAUAUAUUCGAUGAUGAGAUUUAGCCACUGAUUGAUGUUAAUAGCUUGUUUGUUUUUCCAGUUUAAUAGAAUUGUUUUCUUAGCGGUAGCUAACGCGACAAGUCAUGAUUGUGAAUAUUUAUUAUUAUGCUCAAGUCGCCAAGUAUGCGCAAUCUUGGGGAAAGUGGAAUCCUGCAGUUUACAAAAUACGAAAGUUUUUGUCUAACUGAAGACCAAAGGGAUUGAAUUGGCGUGAAAAUGGCCGUCGGGGGCAUUUGUGGUGCAUUGCGCGCAUAUACUAGAUGGAGAGAAGCCCGUUUGAUGCAUAGUGUACUGUUGUUCUAUGGAGCACUCUGUACAUUUGUGUUUUUGUCAUUGUAAACGUAUUGUUACAAAUCUGUAUCCAGUAGCAACGGUCAGGAGACAUGAAGAGGUCUUCCUCCCAUUUGGCGAUUGCUAAGUGCUCAUGAAAUUCAUUUAUAAACUUUGGAGAGAUUUCUUUGACUUUUGCGGGAGAAGCUUCAUUAUUUGCUUGACAAACUGCGGCAGUUCGAGGGUCCUCUGGAGUGUUGCUGUUCUUUUUUUUUUUUUUUGUAAUUUCUUUUUAUUGCUGCUUUUAAUAUAUUGUAUUGAAGAGAGUUUCCGGCUGUUGUAUCCGGUUUGCAGUGUUCCAAGCUGGUUCGAAGGUUCCGAUGGUUUAAAAAUUCGCAUUCUUGAAAAAUCUAGGCAGGACAGACUUCAAGUUUGCACGGUUAGUCUCCUGGCCCUAUCGUAAUACAGUUCGGGUGCGUGGACAUUUAUUUGUCUGUGUCGCACUGCAGCGUUUCCACGGAAACCUUUGUUUUAGCUUGAGGCGGCACAUAGAUGUCGACUACAAUCGUCGCUCGACUUCUCUCGGGAGAUGUCGCAUAACGCACUCGAUAUCCGGACAGCAGCAAAUGUCCUGUGUCUGAGCCGUAUGGAGGAUCAUUGUGACGGCGUCCUCCGCGGAUCUGUUGGCUCUCUCGGCAUGGAAUACUCCCUGCAGCCGGGAACCCCCGUGAGCCUGACUGUUUAUAGCCAGCAGCGGCUGGACGGCGGAUUGAAGCAUUUUACGAGGCGGGAGGAAAACUCGACCAACCAACACCGUUCACACACUCGCUCGCUUCAACUUUUAUCAGGAAGGUCUUUUUGAGUUUUGAUGCCGUACAAUUUUGAUUCGCCAGCACGGGGAAUGUGGAGAAUGUUCGCUUCGCUACAUCCUGUUUCAAUUAGCCGUUAGCGAGGUGGCGAACGGGCAGCGCAAACCCCGCUGUUUAAGAAUCAAUGAAGUUUGUAAGCCGAGGUUCCACUGUAUAUACAACUAUAGCUCCUCGAUCAAUCUAGAGAGACUACUAGUAGUCCUAGAACCCGAUACGGUUCAUGGCUUGCGACCAGAAGAUAACUUCUCUUGCGUGUGUAAAAGUGCCCGACUCGACAGAGCUAAACCGACCAAUGUGCACGCAUGGUCCGAUAAAGCUGUAUCCAUGAGGGACGAAGACAGGUCCUGGAUGGGCCAGCUGUGGUAGGCGUCAUGUUUAAUACUGUUGUCUUUCUUCAUUUAAUUUAUAGUCCAAUAUCACUGGAUAUUAGUUUUAUUUAAAGGAAACCAGGUCCUGCCACAAGUCUCGCUCUGGUAAUGUGCCUCCAUGUCGUCGUCCAAUAUAGUAUUUUUGUUGUUGUUGUUGUUGUUGUAUGCUGAAAACGACACCAAGAAAAAUGAUCUUAAAAAUAAAAAAGAUUGGGUCGCAAUGGCUGUUGCUACAUAUCACAUUGGGCGAAACAAAUUGGAUUGACACGUAGCCUGUGUGGAAAUGCUAAUAACGCGUCCCGGACCCCAGCGCCAAGAAGCCACAGCGAGCGUAGGAAUCCGCACCAUCCGGCGCACACCGGCCUCGAACCUACCAACUGGCACCAAAACAAUCCCACACAACACACAAAUAAACAGGGAGGUUGCUUUUCAUUCAAUGUGUCCUUUCAUUUUUCUGUUUGAUCUUUUUAUUUAUUUUU